AUGCCUCUUGUAGUUCCAGGAAUCAACUCCUCGAUGGGCGACAAGUCCGAGUGGGUCAACAAGCUGAUGGGCAAGAAAAUCAGCGAUACCAGCAAUGAGACUUCUUUUGCGAAGAAAGAUCUUCCCCAGUCACACCGGGUUGUGAAGCCGGGUGAUAUGAAGACUAUGGAUCAUGAUCCUAACAGACUGAAUAUCCACGUCGAUGAGUCCGGAGCUGUGCAUGAUGUGAAUUAUGGUUAG